AUGUUUGGAAGGGGUUCUCCAAGAAUCAACAUGAUCUUAUCAAAAAGUGCAACAAAGAAGCCUUCUCCUAAAGGUGGUGAUCCAAGAAAACAUGGAGGUUCUCCAAAAGAGAAAUUAAGAGCCGCUUGGAACUCAUCUCUAGAGAAGACUCUUGUGGACCUCUUGCAUGAUCACAAGACAGCUGAUUAUUGGGGUCAAAAUGGAUGGACAACAGAAGCAUGGAAGAAAAUUGUCAAGGAAUUUCAUCAGAGGGAACAAUAUGUCUAUUUCACAAAGACACAAAUACAAGAUAAGGAAAGAGAGUUGAAAAGGGACUAUAGGUUGCUAAAGGAUGCAAAGAAUCAAAGUGGAGCUCAUUUUGAUGAGAAGACAGGGAGGAUUACGGCUGACCCAGCUUUAUGGAAAAAUAUACUGACUUCUCAUCCUAAGGCUAAAAAGUUUCGCAACAAGUCUUUUCCUCUAUAUGAGGCCUUGGGGGAGCUUUAUGAUGUAAAACUUUAUUGUGCGGGGCAAACAGCUGAAGGGACCUACAACUACACCUCCACCCAACUUCCAGAUCUUACUCAAGUAGGAAAUGGAGAUGAGUUUGUCAACAUAGAACAUGAACAAGAUGAAGUGAAAGAAACCUUGCCGGCGCAUGAAGAAGAUGAUGUCCAUGUAGUUGAGGCAGGAGAUGCAACAAGUGGAAGGCAUGAUCUGGUGCUGCAGAGGAGGACUACUGCUGCAAGAGGGAACAAUGAAGAAACAAGGACAAAGAGGCAUAAAAAGGGCGAUAACCUAGAAGGAAUAAUGGGAAGAUACAUUGAUAUGAGAAUAAAGCAAGCUGAGGAAGAAGCCACACAACUAGCAAAAGAGAGAGAGGAAAAGGAAGCGAGUCAAGUUGCAGACUUCUCAAUCAAGAAAUGCAUAUCCAUUAUUGGUACAAUGGAAGUUACAAAGGAGGAAAAAGCGAAAGCCUACAAUGUCUUCAAGGACCUUGACAAUAGGCAAUUUUCUUGA